AUGAAGCUAUGGAAAACAUUUUAUCUGAUCGGAUGUCUGUCUUUCAUCUGUUGGACAGCAGUUCUAUGCUAUCUAUUCGUUCACAAACCAAAUACCAUUAAAUAUGUCUUCAAAUACGAAGAAGUGAACAAAGAGGUCGAUGUCCUCGAGAAUGAAUUGAGACAACAGUUGAAGUCCAAUGAAGUAUUACUAAUGACUUUGAAGAAUAUCAGACAACAAAUAAUCAAAACUGGAAAAGACAUAAAACACAUUUUGGCCGAAAAUCCGAGCGCUUUAUCAUUGGAUCGGACCCUUAGUAUUAAUAAAGAUCCCAUCAUUUGUGUCCUAUUGUUUGCCUGCAAUAGAGUCACAGUUAAGCGAAAUUUGGAUCAAUUACUCAAAUAUCGUCCAAAUCCACGAAAUUUUCCAAUUGUUGUUUCACAAGACUGCGGUCAUGAGCCCACCCGUCGAGUCAUUCAGUCAUAUGGAGAUCAGGUGACACUCAUCAGACAACCAGAUUUAUCAGACAUUCCCGGACUCGUUGGAAAGGCUAAGAAAUUUAAGGGAUAUUACAAGAUAUCGCGCCAUUACGGGUGGGCUCUUAAUCAGACCUUUCAUGUCCUUAAUUACGACACAGUGCUCAUCGUUGAAGACGACUUAGACAUUGCGCCCGACUUUUUUGAAUACUUCAGAGCUCUCUACCCUUUACUCAAAACAGAUCCCACUCUGUAUUGCAUCAGUGCGUGGAAUGACAACGGAAAGGAGGGCCUCGUCUCCAACGAACCCGACCUCUUAUACAGAUCUGACUUCUUUCCUGGACUCGGAUGGAUGUUAACCAAAGAUAUUUGGAUUGAAUUUCAGACCACUUGGCCUAAAGCUUUUUGGGACGAUUGGAUCCGAGAGCCCUCACAGAGGAAAGGCAGGGCCUGUAUUAGGCCUGAGAUGUCCCGCGCGAAAACUUUUGGGAAAAUAGGAGUCAGCAAUGGUCUCUUCUAUGAGAAGCAUUUGAAAUAUAUUAAACUCAAUGAACAGUCGGUGCCUUUCACUCAAAUUAAUUUAACAUAUUUAUUAAAAGAAAAUUAUGACGUUUUAUGGGUUAAGAAAGUGUACGGAAGCCCUUCAGUAACUCUCCAACAAUUACAAGGAUCUGAUAUUCCAAGUGAGGGCUCCAUUCGUGUCACUUAUAGUACAAAAGAGGGAUAUAAAAAGACAGCCAAAGCUCUGGGUUUGAUGGAUGACUUCAAGUCUGGAGUUCCGCGCACUGGCUAUCGAGGAGUUGUCACAUUCAUGCAUAAGGGAAGGCGUAUAUAUCUGGCGCCUCCGCCCUCUUGGAGAGAAUACGAUAUCACUUGGAGGUGAUUUCGAUGAAGUCUAGUGGUAUCGCUGGCAGCCAUUUGUUGAUUCUUUAGAUAAAUUGUUAAAAAUCACAACAUUUUAUGUGAUAUAUUGUAAACACAACUAAAUAAUCGUCUCAUCGAUGAGUCGAUCACUUCUGGAGUUGAGUCGACAACAACUCCGGACUUUAUUACUCAAAACGUUUACAAUCAAUCAAUUAUUUUUAAGUGCAAUCAUUGUAUCAUCUUUUCUGGUUUACACCAUUUUUAUUGUCAUUUGAGUUAAUUGGAUUUUUAAGUAUUCUUUAAAUUUAGUUUAAUUUAAAUUAAUUACAAUUUUUAGUGUAAAACUUGCCUUAAAUUAGGCUUUUUUGAAAUGCCAGAUGAAAUCUAGUCUAGUCUACAACAAGUGAUACAAACACAUACAUCCAAACUUUACUUGUUA